AUGGAAAAAAGGGGUCAAGAAAGGCAUAUAGGGAUCCAAAAUUUCUUGGGUUAUAAUCCUUCACAACUAAAUCAAGAAUCACCAGUCAAGCUGCCUCGUGCUCCUAUAGUUUCCACUCGACCAGAUAGAAGAGGAAAUGCAACUGUUUCAACCCGCCGCAGAAGUGCUAUUUUCAGCCCUACACAAACCCUAGAUCACCAUCGUCCUCUUCCUCCUCCUCCAUCUCAACCACUUGUAAAGAAAGACUCAACUCCAGCUCCAGCUCUAGCUUCAGUUCCAGAUCCAGAUCCAGAUCCAGCUACUUCUCCUGCUGCAGUAACUGGUGGCGCUGGCGCAUCUAAUUCAAAGUCACCCCCGCCGCAAGGUCAAGAAUCAAUAGGUUACACUGUAAUUAGGAAUAGAGAAUGCCUGAAAAAUCAUGCUGCAAAGAUAGGAGGUCAUGUGGUGGAUGGCUGUGGAGAAUUCAUGCCAAGUGGAGAUGAGGGAACCCCAGAAUUCUUGACAUGUGCUGCUUGUGAUUGCCACCGUAGUUUCCACUAG